GGUAAAAAUGACAAAAAGGACGUCUGCCACCUUUGUUCUUCUUGAGGGUUUGAAAGCUUACACAAACUAUUGCAUUGCUGUCUCGGCCAUAAACGAACGUGUUGUUGGGGAAAGCAGUGACCCAAAAUGUCUUUUAACUGGCGAUGGAGCUGAUAUUUCGACAGUUCCUCUGAGUCCACCAGAAAAUGUAAUAGCGUACAACACAAGUUCUACGUCGUUAGAGAUCACAUGGAGGGCUUUUCCAAAUGACUUUGAGAAUGGACGUAUAUCCGGCUACAGGAUUUACUUCAGGAAAGCGGAUGAAAUCGACACUGUCACAGUUGAUUUGUGUUCAGAGUGGUCUAACUUUUCCUUCAACAAUUUGACAGUAUUUACAAAUUAUUGUAUUCAAUUGUCUGCUUUUACCACGAGUACAAUUGGAUACAAGAGUGAUUGCUUUUUUUGUUCCACCGAUGAAGAAGCCCCAGGGCGUCCUCCGGCCAACCUAACAGUGUUCAACACCAGUUCAACUUCUAUCAAAGUUGAAUGGAGUCCAGUACCACCUGAGUUUCGUCGAGGCAUCAUCCUUGGGUACCGUGUUUUCUUAACAAAGUCCACACAACACGGCCAGGGAAGACGAAAACGCGAUAUACUACAGAGCGGAAACGUCUGCAGUGAGACGAAAAAUCUUACAACAGAAUUUCAUGGCCUUGAAAUUUAUUCCAAUUAUUGUGUGGAAGCUGUCGCUUACAAUCGGAUUGGAGAAAGUGGGAGAACAAACGUAACAUGCACAUUGACAGAUGAAGCAGAGUACUGCACAAAAGUAGCAGGCUUUACCCGAAGAGGAGAUGGGAAAUCUACAGACUGUUUGAACAUUACCACUGCACAAGACAAGCCAAGUUCUGCACCACCAUCUGUUGUCGGGACAUCGUAUGAAAGUCCACAUAGAAUAACGUUAUCCUGGAAAGCUUUACCUCAAGGUGACGUCAACGGAAGGAUGAUUGGUUACCAAGUGGAGUAUCGAAUGAUUGGUCAAGGAGGAGAACCUGUUCCUGAUUCGAAGACGUUUUCCAGGGUAGUACCACCGAGCAUGAAUUAUUUUGUACUAAACAACCAAUCAGCUUUUACCUCGUUCAAGUUUAAGGUUGCAGCAGUGACGGAGGCCGGAACUGGAGUUUUUAGUGAAGAAGUUAUUGGAGAGACUUGUCGUUGCGAAAAAGGAUUCUCCACAGCGUUGAAACCGACUGCCCUGGACAAAGAUGGAAUGCUGAAUAAAAUUAUCUCCGGUGUUAUAGAACAAUCGUGUGGCGAAUGUGAGGAUUACGGUACAACACAGCUUCAAAUUGUUGGGCAGGAUAACAUUGAAUCAGAAAUAAGCUUCCCCGUUACAGCGAGUUCAGUGCGAGUCAGUGAGUUCAGCAAAUACAUAGCUGUGAUUCAAGUACCAGGGAUGUUGGUUAUCAAACGACGGAAUGAUGACCCAGGGGUGUAUCAGAAAGUUUUACGGUCUUCAGUCUUCGAUAAUUGGCCAAUAUUUGUGCUCGCGUUCUUGACCAUGAUACUUGCCGGGAUGAUUAUUUGGAUUCUUGACUUGAAAGAGAAAGAAGACUCCUUUCCGCGCCCUUUUAUCAAAGGAACAGCAGAGGGAUUCUGGUGGUCAUUUAUUACCAUGACGACGGUUGGUUACGGAGACCGCUUCCCAAAAGGUGUCUUGGCGAAGGCAUUCGCCAUUGUGUGGUUUCUGGUUGGACUAAUUAUCUUCACGUUUUUUGGCUCUGCGGUAACAGCAAUGAUGACAGUUACUGUCAUCACAGGGGGGCCAACGUUAACGCAAAUGAAAACAAAGGUAUCAGCUGUUGCUAAUUCUACUGAGUUAAACCUCGUAGCCAAAACUUUGAGCGGAAAAUGGGAGAUUGGAAAAUCAUAUGGUACCACGGAGAAACUUGUUGAUGCACUAAGAUCCGGGAAAACAGAUGCCAUUUAUGUUGACAUGUAUUUGCCAAUGAAGAGACCAGAAUGGUUCAAUGGUUCCUGGUAUAAAGUGGACCACUUUGUUGAAGCUGAUAUGUCUUACGGAAUUGUUCUUCGAGGACAAGCUAUGAAAUUGCACAAAGCUCUGAAAGAUUUCAUCAGUCAGAAUAAUGUGCAAUCUAAGUAUCUUUCCUUUGGGGAUGAUGAUGCGGUCGCGGCACCAGUCCAUUCGCAGGAUAUAACGUUCUUUGAAGUCAACAGUCCUUUCUUCGUUGUGACGAUCCUUGCUAUCAUUACCAUGUUCAGCUGUGCCGUUGUCUGUGGGCUCAUGUAUGAGAUUCUACGUCGAAGAAAGGGAAGGAAACGAGCAGGUUUAUCGAAAAGAAACAAAGAUGCCUUGUCCAAAGAGCUUCACGAAGUGGUCCAAGCGUUUAAAGAUUCGUUCUUAGCUAAAUUUGCCACCAUGAAGAGAAAACACAAAAAACAACUGAAAUACCUGAGCAAGAUACGGGGCGGAGUUAUUGAAACCCAUCUGUAAACAGACGGCUGAAAAAACGGAGACCCACUGUCGAAAACAUUUGAAUUUAUGACACUUGCUACACGAUAAUUUCGUGUCCAGGUGACGCACGUUUUAACUGUAGACUUUAAAUGUGUAAGAAUCUGAUUACAAGAGAAGCUGUAUCACAUCUCUAACAGCGUGAAAAAAAAUAACGUUAUGUUGCCCAGCAGCGUCUUGGAUAAAUGAUUUAACUAUUGUUGUUUCGUAACGCUUUUGACAAUUAGCUGCCGGGUCAUCGCUUUUCGACGGAGAUAUUUUCCAAUAUUGGAAGAUUUCUGUAACAAAAAAAACUGUAGUUUGAAGUACAAUUCGAAAUACAGGCAACGAAUUGUCUUCAUAAUCUUCGUAGCAUUUCCAGUUUGAGCGUUUGGGCAUCUUUUAAAUUUAGUGGUGAUAUAUUGCUGUGUCAUGAGUGCUUUCAUCUGCUAAUGUAUGCACCAAUAAGGGGCGGUAGUUACACGACGUCAGCAAACUUAUUAUGAUGAAACAUUCUCCUCUGUAAAGUCGAGGUGGUUUAGUUUAUGUGUUGAAAAGAAGGCUUUGACGUGUAACUCAUCAUCUUCACAUGUUGUUCUCUGAAAUGGGCUAAAUCGUGUUUGUUUUUCUACUAAGGGGAAUACUUUAAAAAUCGUGUUUGUUUUUCUACUAAGGGGAAUACUUUAAAAAUAUUUAUUUACUUCAUUUGCAGUUUCUGCUCCACAUUGAUUCAUUUAUUCAUGUAUUAAUUUAUCCUCGUCAAAAGUAUGCAGCCUAAGGUUAUAUUGAUAGAAAAAGUAUUCCUUGGCUAAACUGAAAUGCCUAUCCCUUACAUACACUGACGUCUUUUUAGCUUAGUUGGCUUCUCGAUUUCAUCGUUAUGAUGUACGUCAGCAAAGGUGUGUAUCAGCAGACGAAAAUUUACCAAAAUUCCAACCUAAUAUUGGCCUAAGAUUCAACGUAGCAAUUGCAAGUUGCAAUAUCUAUAUGACUAGAG